AUGAACAGAAGAAUCGUUGCUGAUAAGGGCAUGAUCUGGCAGGACUCCAAGUUGCUGCGCCACCAGCUCAAAGAGGGCAUCGUCGGUGCCGCAUCAAAUACAUUCAGUAUAAGUAAAAAGAUGAAGCACCCGUAUCACCAGAAACUCUCACUCUUUGCCAAAGAUGAAACGGUGCGAAGCAGCAGUUCUUACAGAAUCCUGAAGAGACGAAGAAGCAAGGAUAUCGGCACCUCGUGA